GGAGGGAGGGAGGGAGGAGCUCCGGCAGCAAACAGCCGGUCGGGGGCUGCCCGGGCGCAGUUUGAUCCUUGAAUACAGCGGUGGAUCUUGCAGGGCAGCGGCGGGUCGGGUUGGGUCGGGUUGGGUUGGGUCAGGUCGGAGCCGGCCGCUCGGCUAUGAAAGGAGUGCCCCAAGCCUGCGCCGCCGCCGCCAUGCAGGAGACAUUCGGCUGCGCCGUCACUAAUCGCUUCAACCACCUGCUGGACGAUGAAUCCGACCCGUUCGACAUCCUGCGGGAAGCCGAGGAGAAGAAGCAGCGCAAGAAGAAGGAAGACGGCGGCGGCGGCCGGAGGAGCAGAGCCGGAGCUGCAGCCGGUGGGGGAGGAGGAGGAGGAGGAGGUGGUGGUGGUGGAGCCGCCAUCUCGUCGCCUUCCUCCGGCGGCCCGGCCUCGGCUCCUGGUGCCGGGGCCUCUGCCAGCGCCGCCAAAGCGGGCAGGAGGGAGUCGCAGAAGGCCCGGAAGAUCUCGUCCGGCGGCGAGGCCGGGUUCGGGCCCGCGGCUACUUCCACCGGCGCCGGCGGCAUCAGGCGCGGCGGCGGCGGCGGCGGCGAGACCGUGUCGGUGGGCGGCGGACAACGGAGAGAAGGACCAAGGAGAGGCCCAAAGCGGACAGAAAUCAGAGGACAGAAUGAAAACCAGGAUGUUGAGAGGAAAACGGAACGAUCAGAUCGGCGAGUUGUGUUCCGAGAACGUCGUCCUAAUGAAAUGGAAGGAGCUGCUGAAUUUUCAUUUGAAGUACCAACUGACAGGAUGGAUAGAGCUUCAAUGAGAGGGCGAGGUGGAAGAGGGCGUGGCCGUGGAAGAGGUGGAUUUCCAAGAAGUGUCAAUGGUUUUGAUCCAAGAGGAAGACGAGAGUUUGAAAGACACAGUGGAAAUGACAAAGUGGGAAUGAAACCAGAGAAUAAAAAGGGUGGAAGUGGAUCUCGAAACUGGGGAGCAAUCGGAGAUGAUCCGAGAGAGACUGAGGCUGCUCCAGCUGAAGAAAUGACUGAAAUGGAGGAACCCCAAGAAGUACAUGAAGGGGAUGCUGAAACCAAAGUGAAUGAAGGGGAUCAAGAAGCAACUGUAGAUGAUGGUCCCCAUGAAAUGACUCUGGAUGAAUGGAAAGCACUUCAAGAACAGACUCGCUCUAAGAAGGAAUUCAAUAUUCGUAAACCAGAUUCCAGUGUUUUGUCAAAGGCAGUUGUGAUCCAUAAAUCUAAAUAUGAAGGCGAUGAACUGAAGGAAGAAUCUGACGAUGAGGAUCACCAUUACUUUCGCAGAUCAGUAAAUGACAUCACCUCUAAGCUGGACAUUAACUUUGGCAGUCUUACACGCUCUGGCCGAGGACGGGGUGGUGCUAGAGGCCGUGGGAGAGGCAAGCGAAUAACUGAAACCAGGCCAGAGGUACCAGCUGCAGAAAUGAUACAGACCAGUGCUCCAAAUCCUGAUGAUCCAGAGGAUUUCCCAGCUCUUGCUUGAAGCAGUGUUGAUGUUUGGUAGCUGACAUCGGUUUGAAGAAAAUAGUUUUGGCACAUCAAGAUGAGAGGCGUUUUUGUUUCAGUUGUAACACUGACUACAAAAAGUGGUACUUUAGCUCACGAUUACUGAGUUGUUGGACUUUUCUGUUCACUACUGGGUGUGAAUAGAUCUUGUUUACUGUAUGUGAUAAAAGAUGGAUGGAAUGACUACUACUGAGUUUUCAGCACCUCCCUUUGUGCUUCAAUUGUGUAAUAUUGGCAAAUGUCUUAAACUGCUGAAGAGGUAUAUUUGAUGUUUAAAAAAAAAAUGCUAUAUAUUAAAAAACAUUGAAUGGUUUGCUUGAAUUGUAAUGGUUUCCUGAAAAAAGCACACGGGUAAGAGAAUGCAGCGUUUUUUUUCUGACAGAUGAUGCUACCAUUUGGUUAACUGUAAACUUUGAAUUAUUGCAGGCAUGUUACAGAAAUGGCCUACUUUGGUGCCUACCCAGUAGAAAUAGCUACAUUUGCAUCCUUUAAGCCAUUUUAAACACUGUGCACAUGUCCUUGAACUUAAAGUUGCUUAUUAGAUCACAUUUAAAACAAAACCAAAAAAAGCUUUGAUUUUUAUUUAUCCCUAGUGUCAGUUCUUCGAAGCUAAGUGUUAAAUUUGUGAAGUUUGACUAACUUAUGUAAAGGGGAAGAUCGCAUAAUUUGCCUUUUUGGUAAAUGGUUGUGAAAAUUUGAUGGAUUAAAUGCAGAUUUGUUGAAAA